AUGACGUCAACUACUACUUCGCCGCUCGGGGACAAUCUACUCGACGAUCAUCGAUGCAAAGAGGAAGACUCCUAUGGUGCCGAUUUAACCACUACUAGCAAUAGUGACAUCGACCACUUGCCCGUAUCUGUUUUUGGCUCGGAGCCCCCAGGGACCCCUCCCAUCAACCCAACCAUCGCUCCACCAGAGUCCUCAAGCAACUACUUAACGACUGACGGUGACACUGUUCCCGCACAG